UGCUCUGGUCAGUAUUGCCAGCACAUCUGUGUCAACACUCCACCAGGUCCAAAAUGUCUCUGUGCUGAAGGAUAUAUACUUGGCGAUGAUAGCUCCUCUUGCAAUGAGAGAUCCUGGUUUUAUGACAAAGGAAUUAUUGUAAAUAAUGCAACUAUGUUUUAUAUGCUGGAUACAAGAUCAUUAAACGGACAGGCAGAGAGGGUUCCUUAUUUUCAAAUUCCUACUGCAAUAAUGACGACGUUUGCCAUUAACGCUUAUUCAAGAGAAAUAUACUUUGCUGACGCAAAAAGGAAUGAAAUAUACAAACUUGACAUUUUCACGAACCGUUAUUCUAAUAUUCUUUCUACAAAUCCUGUAGCAGAUCUAAACUAUGAUUGGAUUUCUAAUCUGCUUUGUUGGAUUGAACCUAACCAGUCUUCAAUAAGGACUUAUAAUCUGAAAACCGGAAGUGUCUCAACAGUUUACGCCAAUCUUCAGCAACCCAUAUCACUCACAGUUGACGCAAUGAAUGGAGCAAUAUUCUGGAUCUCAUCUUCGACAUCCUCUAUAAUACGAGGAAGCUGGGACAGAAAUCCUCCAAAAACCAUUAUAUCUGACUUAGAUGAUCCAAUGUUCCUUAAAUAUGACAUUACAAGUCAAAGGAUAUUUUGGCUGGAGAGUGGUGUACUCGUAAAAAGUUCACAACCCAGUGGUUCAGACAUUAAAAGUCAUAUCAUAGCCUCCCGUGCAACAGAUCUCUUUAUUUACAAGGAUUUCAUUGGCUGGCUUAGUGGAGAGGAAAUUCAUUUUUCAAGCAAAACAUCUUCUGCAUCAGAGGUUUAUUUCAAUAUAUUUCCAAACCCAGUGCAGGUUAAAGCAUUUGAUCCAAUUCUGCAAGAUGACUUAAAAGGCACUUGUCAAAUUCUCAAUGGAAGAUGUGGUGAUAUUUGUAUUCCUACAGAAAACAAAAGUAAAUGUGAAUGCGACAUUGGCUUACAACUCCAAGCAGAUCAAAGGUCAUGUGAUAGUAAUUUUCUGAAUUCAGAUUUUAUCAUUGCAUCUGAUUUUACCCACGGACGAAUACUACAGAUCAAUUUGAAUACAGGAGAAAUUGUUAAACUACCAAUCAAUGUUCAACGCACCUCAGGAAUUACUUUAGAUAAAACGACAAAGGAGAUCAUUUAUUUCAAUUCAGAAUCGAGAACAGUACAAGUAUUUACACUUCAAGGAAAGCAGGCAACCUUGACAACUCUUACAGGUUUUACUAAUGCUGAGCGUAUAGCUGUUGAUCAGUCAACUGGAAACAUUUACUUCACGGCCAUUUCUUCUCAGCCAAAUAGCAGUUAUGUUGGAGUGUUACACAGAACACAACUGGUUCACAAAAUUUUGAUACAUGACUUGCAAAAUCCAAAAGCAAUUGUAUUGCAUUCAGCAAAAGGAAUACUGUUUUGGACAGAGACUGGAAUAUUUCCCAGAAUAGGAAGGGCGUCUAUGGAUGGUACAUCUAAAGAAUACAUAGUAACAAUCGAUGGUGGAUCGCCAAAUGGUUUAGCUUUGGAUUUUGAAACUGAUCGACUAUACUGGACUGAUAGACAGAGGAACACAAUAGAAUACGCCGAUCUCGAUGGAAGAAAUCAACGCGUUUUGGCAACCGCCAAGGAUGGACAGCUUGCUGACAUCGUGUUAAGUGGACAGUUUCUAUACUAUACCGCCUGGAAUAGACAGCGUAUAACAAGAAUUGAUAAAACCACAGGAGCAGAAGAUCCCUUUACGGAGAAUCACCCUGAGCUUGGACGUCUAGACAGUAUUGCUAUCUAUACAAACGAAAUAAUUGAAGUAAACACAAACUGUUCCAUAAAGAAUGGUAUGUGUAGUACCUUCUGCUUACCAGUACCUGGCGGAAGAGCGUGCGCUUGUGAAGACAACGUGAGUUUGGAACCAAAUAAUGCUGUGUGCACGGGAGUGCCAAGUUGUAGAACAACUCUUGGAAAUAUGGAUUUCCUGGAGUGUUUUCCAUAUCCUGGUCAAACAUGUCAGUUUGAGUGCAAGUCGGGUUAUAAAUUGAUGGCUAACAAGACCCUCAGUUGUAAUUCCUCGGGUCAGUGGAGCCAAGAUACUGAUCGUGUGUGUCCAGAAAUUUUAUGUCCGUCUUCCAUUCAUCAUGCCAGAUUAGCUCUUAAUUGUAGUAGAAAAGUUGCUGAAACAUGUGAUUUCUCCUGCGAAACUAACUACGACCGCGUUACUCCGGACUAUAUCACCUGUAAUUCCAGUGGAGAUUGGAACAAAGAUUCUAGCAAUUUAUGUCUCCCAUUGACAAAUGUAUCGACACACAGACCUGAUUCAGAGAUCGGCAGUUUUUUGUAUGUUUACAUUGGAAUAGGGUUUGGAGUCUUGGUGGCUUUGGUAGUUUUCAUUGUUUCGUGUCGAAUUAUUCAUCUUCGUAAAAAAACAAAACCCACAGGGCUUCAGUACGAAAGCUCGGUCAUGUCCGAGAGAAAUCACUAUUCUACGUUUAUGAACGGAGAAUAUCAAAUGGACAGACCGAGCUCAGGGGAAUACAACACCAUCGCCGAAAUGAUGGAACAUGAAGACGCAAAGGCAGAAAAACCUGUUGGAGACGACGAUGAUCAUUACUUAAGUCCCUGUGCAGACACAGCCCAAGGCACAUACAUACAAAUGACAGACCCAUAUGUGAAGCCUUCAUAAAGACUAAAUGGAUAAGCUACAAUAAUAAACAUUGUUAUUAUCAAGAUCUUGCAAGUUGAUGCGUUGAUUUCGUAUAAACAUUUUUCUUAUGUGUUAUAAAAAUAUUGUAAAAAAAAAAUACCACAGGCGCCUGACGAUUGGAUGGUGUAUGAGUA